AUGUUGAUAGGAAGAAGCUUUAAAUGCAAUUUAACAAUUGAAAAUUCUUUGCUGCCAAAAUUCUAUAAUCAGACUUCUCGAUGAACAUUGAUUGAUGGCAAUCUAGGAAGCCAAAAGCCAAGCACAAAUGGGACGUUGCUUUUUUUGAAGGAUGGCUUUAAAAUUUAUAAUGAAACGAUUUCAAAGCCAAUCAUUGUUAUUUAG